CACGCUUUUUGAAAAAAACAAGAAAUUCUCUUCGUAUCUGCGAAAAUGGCUUCAAGAAACAGUAAACGUUCUUUGGAACCCUUUUUUGAUCAAUGUGAGGAUUCCGAUGUAUCUGUAAGAGAUUCUAAUGAUCAAUGUGAGGAUUUCCAUGCGCUUUUAAGAGAUUCUGAUGAUGAGUGCCUGAGUGAAACAUCUCAAAUAUUCAUCGAAAAUCCUAUUGACGGCAUUGAAAAUUAUUUUAGUGAUUCAGGAGAUGAACUCUUAAGUGAAACUUCGCAGAUAUUUUUGGAGAAUCCUUUGGUUUUGCCUCUUUACUAUCAAGUAGGCUCGGGAUAUGAGACUCAACCUUCUGCUCCAUCUAAAGGACCUGCAUAUGUGGAACAUGACAUUUCAGUAAAUAUGGAAAAUGCUAUUAUACUCAAAGAGAAGGCACGGCGUCGUAACCGAAAGUAUCAAGGCGAGGAAAUAACCUUCCAGGCACGUGUUGAUAUGAAUCGUCUGCCUCAAAAUAUUCGCAACAGGCCUCUUCUAGCCGUAACUGAAUCUGUUAGACAGCUGUUUGAAAUAUUAAUUCAACGGUCAACAGAAAAUCUAAGGCCGACAGAUUGGAUACGAAUGUGUAUCCAAGCCGAUGGAUUGGAUAAACCCAUGUCUACGAAAAUUAUUGCCGUAUCUUCCAUGACGGUGGAGACCGUAUUAUCGGUUAUUAUGAAAGUUCUGCAGUCAAAAGAUGAAAUUCGGCUGGAUUCAGGCUUCCUAGUAGAUGUGAUCACGAUUCGCAGGGAUAUCGGUGCAGGUAGAGCAAAGAUAAUCAACAUUCAAGUAGAUCGUCUUAAAAAACGCUCUGUCCUUUCCAUCCCGUCAGAUGAUGAAGGGUUGUGUUGCGCGCAAAAGCAAUCGUAUAUGCCCUAG